UCCAGAGACCCGGUUCUGUGGUGUGGAGAGAAAACGCCGAGACGCAGCAGAGAGACAUCGGGGCGUGAAGAUCUCUCCCCUCGGCCGUCUUUGUCUUCCCGCGUAUCACCCCCCUCCCCCUCUCUCCUCCUCCAUCCCUCGAUCCCCCACAACCCAUUUGUCUCCCCUAGAAUCCUUUCAUCUCGCCGCGGCCGCCUUUGUCUCUCACUGUCGUCUCUCACCUCCAUCACUAUCUCGUCUCUCUCCCAAUCUCACCUCGUCUCUCUCCCAAUCUCACCUCGUCUCUCUCGCUCACCUCGUCUCUCUCACCUCGUAUCUCUCUCUCUCACCUCGUCUGUGUCCACCCGCGAUGUCGGGAGAGAAUCGAGAGGAGCCCGAGGCGAAGCGAGCGCGGACGGAGGGGCCCCCGGCGGAGGGCGCUGUGCCCCGGACCAUGGAUGAGUCCCCGGGGGAUUCUGGUGGCGGUGGCGGCGGCGGUGUGGUGGCUGUGGCACCCCCCCCGACACCCCCACCCCUGCCUCCUCCCCCCCCACCCCCCGCCAGCCCCUCCCCCACGGGGGCCCCCACCCCUCCGUCGUCCACCACCUCCUCCACCUCGUGCUCCUCCUCGUCGUCCGCCACUCCCAAGAGGCUCCACGUCUCCAAUAUCCCCUUCCGCUACCGUGAGCACGACCUGCGGGCCCUCUUCACGCGCUUCGGAGCGAUCGUUGAUGUGGAGAUCAUAUUCAAUGAACGAGGCUCCAAGGUACACAACCCCCAACAACAACCACACAGCCACACACCCACACAACCGCACAGCCACAAAGCCACACAGCUGUACAGCCGCACAGCCACACAGCCACAUACCCAUACAGUUUUUGGUGCAGUGUUGAAUCUGUGGCCAGUGUUGAGUCUAUGGUUCAGUGUUUAGUCUAUGGGUAGUGUUUAUUCUAAGGUGCAGUGUUUAGUCUAUGGGUAGUGUUGAUUCUAUGGUGCAGUGUUUAGUCUAUGGGAAGUGUUGAGUUUGGUGCAGUGUUGAGUCUAUAGACAGUGUUGAGUCUGGUGCAUUGUUCAGUCGAUUGUGCAGUGUUAAGUCUAUUGUACAGUGUUAAGUAUAUGGGCAGUGUUGUCUCUGGUCAAUGUUGAGUGGAAGGACAGUGAUGAGUCAGUGGUGCAGUGCUGAAUCUGGUGCAUUGUUCAGUCUAUGGUGCAUUGUUGAAACUAUGGUGCAGUGUUGAGUACGGGCAGUGUUGAC